AGGAGGAACUACAAGCACAAUGUGAUGGCCGGGGAAGAUAUUUGGUGAUGCACACACGGUACCAUGUGAUCUAAUCGAGCAUACAGUCAUCGAGCAACCGGAACAGAAAAAGCAGUUAGCAAUAACUAGUAUUUGGACAAAUACAGCACGCGGCCCAAGUAAGUAACAUUUUUGGAAGAACUAUUCCCCGACCAUGCCGACUGAUACAAAAAGGGUACGUGGCCCAGAAGUGUCUCAAAGUCCGUCUCUCUUUCUGUGUAAAAACGCGGUAAAGAAGUCCACCGCUUCCAACGACGCCAGGGUAGAUGGCAGGCAGCGUGGUCAAGUGGAUGGCCGUUCAGUUUUUGUCCGAUGUGGGCUGAUAAGUCAAGCCAAAGGUUCGGCUUACAUUGAAGCUGGGAACACGAAGCUCAUCUGCUGUGUGUAUGGACCCAGAGAGACUGAGCGCAAGGAUGAGACCGAUAUGAAAUCCGGAAGACUUAUUACUGACAUGAGAUUUGCCCCAUUCUCUUGUCGAGAGAGAGGCUCGUGGAUUCAAGGUAGUGAUGAAAAGGAUCUGUCACUGAUGCUGUUGGAGAGCCUGAGGCCAGGAGUGUGCUUGCAGAAGUAUCCUCGCUCUCAGAUUGAAGUAAAUGUAAUGGUCCUUGAAAACGACGGCGCCGUCCUGGCACAUGCAGUCACCUGUGCGUCAAUGGCGCUGGCGGACGCAGGUAUAGAGAUGUACGAUCUGGUUCUUGGAUGCUCAAUCCGUCAGGAAGGAUCCACAUACCUUAUCGACCCUACCUUUCUGGAGGAAAAUGGAUACAACUUGGCCUCAGGAUCCAGGGAGAAUUUGGGAAGCCUGACAGUUGCAUUUCUGCCCAGUCUGAACCAGAUUUCUGGACUACAAUCGGAUGGCGAGAUGGGCGAGGACACCCUGACUGGGGAUGUGCGCACAUGCAUUGAGGGGUGUUUCAAACUCUACCCUGUCAUUCAGCAAGCACUGUCCAAGGCAGUACGAAGAAAAGCACCACCAUCAGAGAGCUGAGGGACUGAAAUGUGUUGCAUGAUGUUCUCUAGUUCAGGCAGCUGAUCGUCUAGGCUUGAUGUGCAUUCCUGGUAAUACACCUGUGUCUCCUGUGGACUGUCCCAUACAUAAAGCAUCCUCCAUUCAGGCUGUGAAGGCAUAUUUUUUUUCUCAACUAGCUUUAAUGGCGACAAGGCCUUUUACCACAACCAUUUUCUGAUUAUUGGACAAAUGACGAUGUUUCAUAAAGAAAGAACACAUAUAUUUCCCCCUUUUUUUUGAUCCACUUCUCACCAUUAAAGCUAGUUAAGGAGGAAAAUGAUGCCUUUGCAGCCUGGAGGAUGCUUUAUGUAUGAGCAGGUCCAUGGGGGACACGAGUGUGUUACUGGGAAUGCACAUCAAGCCAUGAUAGUGUGCUAGAACUGCACUAUCGACUGCCUAGGUUAGAUGAAAAAAUAUGUUUUGUAAAAAUAAGAAAAAAGUCAGUCAUAACAUUUGUCAAUUUUUACUGUUUUGACAUGUCAGACUCCAUGCAUAGAUUUAAAAAAUAAAUCAUUUAUUAAGGUAA